AUGGCAGAGUUCUUUCAACAAACGUACUGCAUUGACUAUAACGGAUGGGUUACGGUAGGUGGUCACCAGUUAUUAUUAAUGGUUUUCCAUCAAGUGUUCAGGGUGUUUCCAAAUCACCACCUCCGAAGCAGAUAGAUUUCGACUCCCAGACUAUUCCCCAAUUGAUCUAUACGAAGGUUUUUUUGAAAAGCAUAAAUUGUGUGUGUGUGAUUCAGGUACGUUUUUCAGUUUGAAAAUGACAGAGUGGCGGCUGUGUUUGACACUGAAACGCAGAGCUACACUUUCACAAAGAUAGUAUCGGAGAUGGAGUCGUUGGCUUCCGGGUUGCUUUCGAUCGGAUUGAAACAAGGUGACAGAGUUCUAGUAGCUGGAAGUAAUCAUUCGCAGGCAAGAGAGAAUACAAGGGAACAUUUCAACACUAUCAUGUAUUGCAGGUUAUGAUAUGCGCAUUGGCAUGUUCCCGGGCAGGCCUCGUUUUUUCACUGGCGAAUCCGAAUUAUUCGAAUAGUUGCUCCUUGAAAAGAGCUAUUGAAUUGGUAAAACGUUCGAAAAGGUUCAGUAUAAAAGUUACAAGGCAGGGAGAAUUUCGAUGUGUCAUCUGUUUCCGCGCGCAUCAGUAUGAAGCUGAUCACCUGAAUAACCUGCUCCUGGAGAUCGCACCGGAACUGAUGAGGUCAAGAAAAGGCGAAUUAAAGAGCGAGCUGCUGCCUAAGUUGACUCAUGUCAUUCUGGCGGAAGAAGAACAUAAACACGCGUUAGUUCAACAUCAUAUUAAAAUUUCUACCUUAAAGUUGCAGUGGUACUUUCACACUUUCGGAAGUUUUCCUCAAAGCAUCUAAGGAGAAGAUUGCAAAACUUCCCGACUUCACCAAAUGGUCUAGCCAUAAGUUAGCUUGCUUACAGUUCACACUAGUGCGUGAAAAAUAAUAUUUUCGGGAAAUUAAGCAUUAUUGAAGGGUACAACAUCUCAGCCAAAACUAGUUUCUUUAUCCCAUUACCAAAUGCUGAACGGAGCCAGAGCCGUGGCAGCCGCGUUCGGAAUUAAUGACAAAGUUCGAAUGAACAUGUUAAACUAUUUCAAACUCAAACAGUUUCAGCAUGUCUUGGCUUGUGCCUUACCAAUCUUCCGAAUCGCCAUCUUCAAUUUAAUCUGUCUUUCGCCAUUCCUCACCGAAUGCCGAAUUGUCUUUCCUGAUGCUUCGCCGCUACCAAAAAAUUUAUUCGGCAGUGUGAACAAGUACAAAUGUACCACCCUUCUUUCGAAUGGCGCCGCUCUUCGGCUUCUUUUGAAGAUCAGUCAGACCCAAAGAGUCAAACUAUCUGCAUUGGAAAACAUCCUUCUUAUUGGAGACCGAGUUUCAAAAGAGGUAUUAAAGCUGAUAAAGCUUCAAGCGGAGAAUGUAAAGAUUAUUGCGGUAGCUAAGCAGUCGUAAGGCUAGUUUCUUUAAGAAGAUUUCAGGUCGGUUACUUGCUAACGGAAACUGGAUCAAUUCCUUUAAUGGGUGACCAGGGCACAGACUUUACUAGAAACGUCGGCAAAGCAAUAGCUGGGUAUGAAGCUCAUCUUCUUCCUCUCGAUGACAGUGAAUCUAAAGUGGACACUGGGAAAUUAGGAAAGUUGCUGAUCAGGGUGUACUAUGGAUCAACAUUUAUGGGAUAUGCACCUGAUACAAAAGGAAAAGAGAAAUGGAUAAACACCGGGUAAGACCACUUAAAACCUUCUAUAGAAGUUCCAACUUUGCAGAGAUAUAGCCAGAAUUGAUGAGAAUGGGGCCAUAGAAGUCGUUGCAGGAGAAGAAGAUCUGAUUUACGACAAGAACAACUGUUUAAUAGAACACUGGAACGUUGAACGACUUCUGAACCAGAAUGACCUUAUCAAAGGAGUUCAAGUUGUGUCGAAAGGCCCAGGUCAGCCUGUUACAGCCGUUUGCGUGGCCAGAAGUACCCAGUUUCAUGCUGCCAAACUGAAGGAUGAACUGAAGAGCAUGUGCAGAGAGCAUAGAGUAUGUACAGUUGAAAAAGAAAAGGUUCGACAUUCGAGGUGUCCUUGGCUCGCUGCCAACUCCGAUUUGAAUGUCGAAUUUUUUUCAACAGUAGUGGUCCGCAGACCAAUUUGAAUUAUUUUGAGUUUUCAGUUCCCUGCACCCGAAGUGUUCGCUUUCGUUGAGGAUUUUCCAAGAGUUCAUACAAAAAUUCAAAAGUUCCGAAUUCGGGAGAUGCUCGAAAAAGGUCAAAUCACUGUUUUUUGA